AUGUUCGGAGGUCCUUACAAUCUAUCUAUCUAUCUAUCUAUCUAUUAUUCGCUUUUUAAUUUGCACAAGGGUACUGUUCAUAUCUAUCUAUUUCAGUCUCUUCAUAUUUGUUUAUCUCAUUCUCUUCAUAUCUAUCUCAUUCUUUUUGUAUCUAUCUAUCUAUCUAUCUAUCUUAGUCGCUUCAUAUCUAUCUAUAUAUUUAUUCUGUUAAUAUCUAUCUAUCUAUCUAUCUAUCUAUCUAUCUAUCUAUCUAUCUAUCUAUCUAUCUAUCCCAGUCAUCUAUCUAUCUAUCUAUCUAUCUAUCUAUCUAUCUAUCUCAGUCUCUUCAUAUCUAUCUAUCUAUUUAUCUAUUGUUCUCUCUAUCUCAGUUUGUUCAUAUCUAACUCAGUCUAUUUCUAUCUAUCUAUCUAUCUAUCUAUCUAUCUAUCUAUCUAUCUAUCUAUCUAUCUAUCUCCAUUUUGUUGUAAGAAAAUCUUUCUCGGUAGAUCAGCUCUCAGCAGCUUCUUUCUUUCUUUCUUUCUUUCUUUCUUUCUUGUCUUCCUUCGUUUGUUCUUAUAUGUCAUUAUGAAGCAUUUUUUCUCUUUCUUUUCCUGUAUUCUUUCCUUCCUUGCUUAUAUACAUUCACACAAAUUUCUUUCUUUCUUCUUUUGGCAUUUCCACCCAACUUUCUUCCUCGUUCUUUAUCAAUCUCUUUUUUCUCCUAUAUCUAUUUACGCAUGCGUCGUCCUUCCUUCCUCCCUUCCUCCCUUCCUUCCUUCCUCAGAUACAUUCACAGAAAUUUCUUUCUUUCUUUCUUUCUUUCUUUCUUUCUUUCUUUCUAUCAAUUUCUUUCUCCUUUAUUUCUUUUCUUGGAUGCACCGAUGUUUCUUCAUAUCUAUUUAUCUAUCUAUCUAUCUAUCUAUCUAUCUAUCUAUCUAUCUCAGUCGCUCUCUCAUUUCUUUUUUAUCUUUCUGUUUUAUAUUCCCAAAUCUUACUUUUUCCCUUGCUUGUAUACAUUCAUACAAAUCUCUUUCUUUCUUUCUUUCUUUCUUUCUUUCUUUCUUUCUUUCUUUCUUUCUUUCACAAGUGCCUAUCUUUCUCUUGUUUUUCCUGCACUAUAUGCUUUUUUCUCCCUUUCUUUUGCCUGCCCCAUUCUUUCUUUUUUCUUUCUUUCUUUCUUUCUUUCUUUCUUUCUUUCUUUCUUUCUCUUGUUUUUCCUGCACCAUAUGCUUUCUUCUCCCUUUCUUUUGCCUGCCCCAUUCUUUCUUUCUUUCUUUCUUUCUUUCUUUCUUUCUUUCUUUCUUUCUUUCUUUCACAAGUGCCUCUCUUUCUCUUGUUUUUCCUGCACCAUAUGCUUUCUUCUCCCUUUCUUUUGCCUGCCCCAUUCUUUCUUUCUUUCUUUCUUUCUUUCUUUCUUUCUUUCUUUCUUUCUUUCACAAGUGCCUCUCUUUCUCUUGUUUUUCCUGCACCAUAUGCUUUCUUCAAUUUUUCUUUUUGCCUGCCCCAUUCUUUCUUUCUUUCUUUCUUUCUUUCUUUUCUUUCUUUCUUUCUUUCUUUCUUUCACAAGGCCUCUCUUUCCCUUGUUUUCCUGCACCAUAUGCUUACUUCUCCUUUUCUUUUGCCAGCCCCAUUUUUCUUUCUUUUUUCUUUCUUUUCUUUCUUUUUUCUUUUCUUUCUUUCUUUCUUUUCUUUCAAGUGCAUCUCUUUCUCUUGUUUUUCCUGCACCAUAUGCUUUCUUCUCCUUUUCUUUUGCCAGCCCCAUUUUUUUUCUUUCUUUCUUUCUUUCUUUCUUUCUUUCUUUCUUUCUUUCUUUCUUUCUUUCUUUCAAGUGCCUCUCCUUCUCUUGUUUUUCCUGCACCAUAUGCUUUCUUCUCCCUUUCUUUUGCCUGCCCCAUUCUUUCUUUCUUUCUUUCUUUCUUUCUUUUUUUCUUUCUUUCUUUCUUUCUUUCUUUCUUUCUUUCUUUCACAAGUGCAUCUCUUUCUCUUGUUUUUCCUGCACCAUAUGUUUUCUUCUCCUUUUCUUUUGCCAGCCCCAUUCUUUCUUUUUUCUUUCUUUCUUUCUUUCUUUCUUUCUUUCUUUCUUUCUUUCUUUCACAAGUGCCUCUCUUUCCCUUGUUUUUCCUGCACCAUAUGCUUACUUCUCCUUUUCUUUUGUUAGCCCCAUUUUUUCUUUCUUUCUUUCUUUCUUUCUUUCUUUCUUUCUUUCUUUCUUUCUUUCUUUCACAAGUGCAUCUCUUUCUCUUGUUUUUCCUGCACCAUAUGCUUUCUUCUCCUUUUCUUUUGCCAGCCCCAUUUUUUCUUUCUUUCUUUCUUUCUUUCUUUCUUUCUUUCUUUCUUUCUUUCUUUCUUUCACAAGUGCCUCUCUUUCUCUUGUUUUUCCUGCACCUUAUGCUUUCUUCUCCUUUUCUUUUGCCAGCCCCAUUUUUUUCUUUCUUUCUUUCUUUCUUUCUUUCUUUCUUUCUUUCUUUCUUUCUUUCUUUCACAAGUGUCUCUCUUUCCCUUGUUUUUCCUGCACCAUAUGCUUUCUUCUCCUUUUCUUUUGCCUGCCCCAUUCUUUCUUUCUUUCUUUCUUUCUUUCUUUCUUUCUUUCUUUCUUUCUUUCUUUCAGCUUUACUUUCCGCCAUUAUUUUGAUUAUUUCUAUUAAUUUCUUCUUCCCCUAUUUCUUUUCUCGCUUUCUUUUUCUGUUUUUUUUUUCUCUCUCUCUCUCUCUUUUCUAUUUACGCAACCGCUUUUUCUUGUAUACACUCAUAUACAUUUUCUUUCUUUCUUUCUUUCUUUCUUUCUUUCUUUCUUUCUUUUUUCUUUCUCAUACAAUCUUCAUUCUUUCUAUCAAUUUUUUCUUUCUUAAUUCUUUCCUCGUUUUCUCUUUUCGUUUUUAUCUUUCUCCUUUCCCCGAGCUCUUUGCAGUUUUCUGCAUCUUGCCAACAAUGCACUGA